AUGUGCAAAUACCCCAACCACCAAGCAGGUUCAUCUAUCUAUCGACAAUAUCUAUUUAUCUAUGGAAUGAACGGGUUUUCUUUUUCUUCCACCAUUAUCUAUCUAUCUCUUUAUCUAUCCUGCUCUCGUUUCUUUCCCCGCUUCUCUCUAUUCCAUUCUUUCUUUAGCUUUUCUCUCUCUCUCCUCUGUCUCUCUCCCUCUCUCUUUCUGUAUCUAUCUAUCUAUGUAAGCCCUUCUUUCUUUCUUUCUUUCUUUCCAAAUUUUAAUUUCUCUUUUCUCCUCGACCUCUUUUUCUUCCUUUUUGAUUUCUUUCUUUUUAUACUUCUUUUUUUCUUCUCUUUCUUUCUUGUUUUUCUUUCUUUGCAUUUUUCAGAGCCACCGCAUGAACUGCCCGUUGGACGCCGAAGGAACCCGCCACCGCAUAUGAGCACGCACCUCCGCAAAAUGCAACGGACACCUCCUACUCCUCUGCGUAACUUCACCGACAGGACCGCGUGGCGGAUGUGCAAGCAGUUGACACCGGCGGAAUGCGCAGGGACGGCCAAAGUCAACGAAGGACGAUGUCGCUGCUGGAUCUUUUUUUUUGUUGUUGAAUUCUGUCGUUUCUUCUUUUAUUCUCGUUCAUUUUUUCUUCUUAAUUAUUCAUCAUUUCUUUAUAAGACGCCAUUUAUUUUUCUUUCCUUUUCUUUCUGCUUGGCUAUCUUUCAUUCUUUUUAUUUUCUUCUGUUUUCUUUCUUCUUCUUCCCCAACAGUAUCGUUAUCAACAGCAGCAGGAGCAUCCUGUUUUUAUCGUCUUUUCCCCUUCUCUUCUCACGUUCUCCGAUUUAUCUCUCCCCAAAUUUUGGCGUAUUUCUCUCUAGCCUGUUUGCCUCUUCCCUGGUUGUUACCCUUCCCUUCUCUUCUCUCCCCUGGUUGUCAAUUCAAAUUUUUAAAAGCCUGCCUCCCUUGAAAAGAAAAAUAUUUCGUCAAGGAAAGAAAGCCAACGAGAUAACAGUGGAGAGAGCAGUCUGCCGUCAUUUUCAUUUUUUACAACCAAAAAUGAAGUGCUUAAACAUGGCACUACUGACUGCUCUGCUACUUGUGGCUUUCUUCUCCGCGUCUGCCUUAGCGAGUUGCAGCAGAUGUGAAAAAGGUUGGUUCCUGCCCAAUCAGAAGUAUGUCUACAAAUACGAAGCAAUGGCGGAUGCUGGCUUCGUCGGAACAAGCGACGAACGCUCCGGACUAAAACUAUCAUGCAUCGUCAAUGUUAUUACUCCUUGUCAGUGUAACGAUGUCACAAAGGUCAGUCUUAACAAAUGUGAAAUGAUGGAAAAGAACAACCAAGGUUACAGUCGAACGGAUCAAUCUUAUGCCAAAAACUUGGAGAAGCGUCACAUCGAGUUCGUCCUGGAAGAUGGUCUGAUUAAACAUGGAAAGAUAACAGCCCAUAAACAAGACUCUGAAAGUAUUCUUAAUAUGAAACGUGCCAUCAUCCGAACACUUCAGUUAAAAAUGCAGGCUCCUGAAAAAUAUGAACAAAUUUUGAACCAGCAAGAAAUCUUUGGCACGUGUCCGGUCCAAUACUCGCUCUCCAAAACCAAACCAUGGACGAUUCACACCAAAAUGGAUAUUACUCAUUGUGAUCUUCCCAGUAUUUUUGAGUUUCAAUUCAACCUAAAAUCCCUGAUUAAAACAGUUUUGGGGGGACGUCAGGUUAAAAACAUUUCAGAAAUGAUCUACCCUUUUGAUUCAACUUAUAACUGCGAUUACACAGUCACUGAUGAACAGAAGAUCAGUUCCGUGUCCUGCUUGCAAAACCAGGCCUUCCGCGUGUUGAAACACUAUGGCAAUAUUGAUGCAACUGCAAUGUAUAAUAUAAGUCAAUCGUUGACUUUUAAAGAAAACGUGAACGCCAUGCUAAAAGACAAAAAAAUGAAGAUUCCUAAAUCAAAAGUCAAGGACGCCGAUCUAAAAUUUGUAUUCGUUCACGAACAUCGCAAAGUAUUUGGAAAAAUUUCCGCUGCUGAAUUAAAGAAAUCUCUAGAGGACCUUGUGACAGCCUAUGUAACCCGACCGAUGAGUGAUAUUCCAGGUCUCUUUAACGGUUUCGUCGACAGAAUCCGACAAGCAAGCCAAAGUGUUCUCGAAGAAACAUUUUCCAUGAUCAAAGUGUGUCCAGAACAUGAUCAGGGAUGUGACAAUGCAAUACCUGUCCUCCAGCAAAGGUUUUACAUGGAUGCCUUAAAAUCUUGUGGUGACAUCCGGUGCGUGAAAACUAUUGUGAACAAAUUGGAUCGAAUAAUAGCGAUCUCUAAAGCUUUAUUUCUUUAUGAUCUUGCUUUGAACUUUGAACCUGAUGCUGAGCUACUUAUAAAUCUGCUGGAUCUUUGCAAGAAGGAGAAGAAGCAAAGUUGUACCACUUUAACAAUAUUAGCCAAAAGAUUUUCUAAGAACGUCGACAUGAACUUGAAAGAGAAUAAAAUCCCAAUUCUGAAAACAAUCAAGUUCUAUCACCAUUAUUUAAAAACCACAGUCGAAAGAGAUGACGCAGAUGCUGAAAUUGAUCUCAUAUGGGCUAUGAAGGGAAUGGAAAAUCUGGGAAGCUUAAUACAAGAUCUCCAUGACGAAUGCAUCAGAGGUAUCUUAAAAAUUGUCACAAGUAAAAAAUACAGUCUUUCUUUGAGAAAUGCUGGCAUAAAGGCGCUUCGAGCUAUGAAUUUUGAUACGUUAGUGGAGAAAGAACUAAAAGAAAUAUUGGCUGAUGUUUAUGAGUCGGUUAGUCUUCGAAGUCAAGCAUUCCUUACCCUAGACAAAUAUGCAAGGAAAAAAACAGUCAAGUAUAUUAUCGAGAUAUUGCGCCAAGAGAAAAUCCAACAACUUACGACCUACAUGGCGACUCACAUUUUAAACGUCCUGGAAUCUGAGGAGCCAACCUGGAAAGAGAGACAAACUGUAUGGAAAGAAAGUCUGGCUGGCGAGAAAAAACCAAUUCCUGCUUUGAAAGGAGGUGGGUUCGCUCGUGGGAAAUCGAGCUAUGUCGAGGUUUCAAAAUCCUUUGUCUUUCCUUUCACUUCUUACAAUAUGGCAGCCCAGCUCGAACUGAGUAUUAUCUACGAUCCAUCUAACUUGGUGCCGAAGUCAAUAAUUUUCAGGACGAAAGGACUCUUGGGUAAAACUGAUUACGAAUUACUCGAGAUCACUUUGGAAGCCGAAGGAAUGGAAAAAUUGAUGCAAUCUCUCUCUAAAACACAUGGAAAGCCAUUCUUUCAGAGGCUAAUGGGGAUUAUACAUUUCUUCAAUGCACCACGAAAACAGGACGAUGAAGAUUUUACUUUCUUCUUAGAAAAAAAGAUCGUCGAUGAGCUGAAAGAUAUUCUACAGAUGGUCAACUUGCCAGAAAAUUCAAUGCCUUCUGGAUUUGUACACAUAAAGAUUUUCGGUGGAAAUUUGGCUACGUUGAACUUAAAAUCUUUGUUUCACUACAUGCAUCUUCCCAAUCUGAAAAUGUUUCUCGCUGAAACGUUACGCAAAUCAAACCUGAAACUCAUCCAAGCAAGUCGGUUUGUCGAACUCUACCGGUCACUGCCUACGGUAUUUGGUGCCCCUUUCAAUCUGACCCUGAGUUCAACUCGUGUUAAUUCACUGAAUAUUUCAACGUCAUUAGGUUUAGGCCAGCUUCUCCCACCGAAAAAUAUUGCUAUGAAUGCCGGACUACAAACACAGUUUGUUUUGGAAUUCAGAGCUCGAAUGGAACUUACCCUGCCUGGUUUGCGUCCACAUGGAUUGGGAAUGAAUUCUGAUCUUGAUUUCUAUGGAGGUGGAUCAGGGGGAAUGACCCUGACAAGUGAAGAUCGAUCGGAUAGUGGAGUUAUCCAAUAUUGGAAGAGUCGGAUUCACAUCAAUAACAUUUAUGAGCCGGCGGAUCUUGUUAAAAUCAAGCAUCGCAUAUACCUUCUGAGAUCCGGUAAAUUGGAAAGAAUUUCUGCCGAUCAAAAUCCUGCAAUUAAAAAAUAUGUAUUUGAUGGCUGUACUGGAGCCAGAGUAAAAGCGCUUCUCGGUCGGAAAAUAUGCAUUCAAAUGUCAUACCCUGAUGUCUACCAAUCGAAUGACCAUCCUUAUACACCUUUAACGGGAGAUGUAGAUUUCAGGUUUUAUGUCGUCCCCAAUGACAUAGCAUUGUUAACAUAUAACAUUGACAUUGAACGAGAAAUUAAAAAAGAUAAAAGAAACGGAUUGGUUGGAAUUGUGAAAGUCAGAUGUAAUGCACCAGGGUCAGGAUUAGAACGUCAAUUAAAUAUCGAUAUACUGCAAAGAGAUCAUAACAAUUAUUUAUUGGUCGAUAUAAUGGUGCCAGAGUUGAACAACCUAAAAUACUCCAUGGAAUUCCAGUCUCACGAUGAAGCCCAUGAUUACGAAUUAAAAUUUAACACGGGUCUUGGAUUUCAUGGAACUGACUUUAUAGCGAUUCACUUAGACGUAUUAAAACAAACGGCAAUUCCUGGCAUCAAGACAGAUUACCUGAGUUUGUUAGACUUCAAGCUUCAGAUAAUGGACAUUUUACUAAACCUGACACUGGAGAACAGUCUGCAAAACAAAAGCAAGUUAUUGCUAGCUCACAUGACAUACCAUUGUUCCCAGAGAUGGCCAGUGCUCUUUGAACUUCACGCAGAUACCGAACAUGCAAGCCAACAUCAUGAUUUAACAGAGAUGAAAUUUAAAAUGGCAUGUGAAGUCCUACCUCAUCCUAAACACCAGAUUUCUAUGAAAAGAACCUGGGACCUGUUAUAUCCGGGCAACCAUUUCCAUCUGGAUGUAGACUUGAAAGGAUCUAAACCAUCUACUCAAAGUACUGGCAAACUAACUUGGAAUCAUCCUCUUGGACAGGAAGUUCUUUGGUUAACCGGUAAUCUAAUUGACAAAGGUACGCCCAAGAAAGUAGACUACAAGUAUGAUUUAACGUUUGACCACAAAGUUGACAGUACGAUUAUCAAAGUGGACGCUGUGAUGACUGGGACACCUAUGGCUUACGAUAUCGUAUUUAAUGUUGACUAUAACAAACGGCAAAUGAGAAGGAAGCGUUCCUGGCCAGAGUUAUCAAUGCAAUUCAAAAAAGAUUCGGAAGGCAUCAAAAGAGGAAUCUUUAAUGUAAAGGAACCACCGCCGUUGAAGGUUCCCAACCCUCCGAAAAAGACCAAAAAAUGGGUAAACCCACUUGCGAAUAGUCCCCCAGGUCCACACAAAGACGUCUUCAUGAAUUUCUUUGAAUUUAUGAAGAACGGACCAAAGAAGUGGACGUCGGAAGGAAACGCGCAUGUCACAAUCCGGCCAGUGCUUGAUAAGCACGCUAGUCACCCGAUUGGAGCCGAAAUCAUUCUCAAAGCAAGUCUAGAUUAUCCGACAUGGACAAAAAAAGAGAAUAUAAAAGGAGCGUUUAUAUACGCAAAAAGCAUCAAAAUUAUGCAAAAAGGCAAAACUAUGAAAGGACACUUCAGUAUUGAAAGCACUAAGACACAAGGUGGAGUACUUUUUGAAUUCGAUAUGUCCAAACAUCAAAAUUACCUGGAUUAUUCACACAAUCUAACCUUGUGGUCAGUGGUGUCUGGUGAAAUAACCAGGGAAUUCAUAGUGGACAUAAAACAUAGAGGAAACCAUCUUUUCAAUAUGACCCAGCGCCUACUGACCGGACCAUUAAAUGGUAGCAUCGACGUAAUAUACAACAAAAACCAGCAACUGGGCGUGCACUAUCUCAAAAUCGUUUCAGAUAUAAGCGACAGUUGCGAAGUAAUAAAAAGCAAAUACAAAAGCGAACAAACCUGGAGUGGAAUUUUUACUCCUGAAUACAUGUUAAAAAGAACAAGUUCUCUCGAUCAUCCGAUAUUUCGGUAUGAUUCCAGCUGGGACUUACAACGCAACGCUGAUAAAUUAACAAUGGACUUACAGGCGAGAGUAAAACCCAAGAUAAUAUUUCUAAUCGAAACUGAUGGACAUGUAACUAUCCUCUUCACAAAGGACAUGUCGCUGCCAGACGUAAAACUUAAACUGGAUCUGCCCAGAAAUGGAAUAAAAUUCAGAGGAGUCGUUGAAAGUGAAAAAGAAUUCAAGUUAAAAAUGGACUUCAAGAAACCUGGUCAACCAGUCAUUUCUGGAAUUACUUGGUCAAUCAUUUUGGAUUCUCCCACUAAAGUCAAGAAUGUAAUUAUCUGGAAUCCACACCUUACCAAAAUGACAACAAAGACUAUUAAUAGCUUACGUCAGCCAAUCAUGAGACAAAUUAAUUAUCAAAUGGAUGUAAUGAUCACAAAUGUUUUGAAACCCUUCUCUGAUAUGCUUUUAGCACCAACCGGUUUGACUGUCAGUGAACUGUUCGAUGUUAUUGUGCUGUCCAACAUUCGAUCUGUGAUUCCAUAUUUGGAUAACUUGCCACUAUCUUCACGCCCAGUAUCACAUGCUGUCUACGAACGAUUGUACAAAUUGGGAAUUGCCUAUGAGAAAGUCCAGAAAUCUAUUGGCAGCAGUGGUUUCGAUGAUCAGUACCAACAUCUGCGAAAGGGUUUUACUGUCAUACUGAGCACCAUUUUAAAGUAUAUUAAGGAGAGGAUAAAUCAUCCGCCUCGAAUCGUGAGCGACUAUUUCACACAGAUCGUCAGUCCGCAGCUAAUGCCGUCGGUCGAAUCAAACACGUUUGAGUUUUCAAUAAUGCAUCCUUUCAUCUGGGAGUCUUUUACUACUGCUCCAAGGUUAAGCCACACAUCAGUAUUCUUUAUGAGCUACUUUAAUGAACCUGGGUACUUUUUGUUUCGGGAAUAUCUUCCAUCAGCAGCCAUUAACUUUGAGAACAAGAUGGUAACAUUUGAUGGCAUGGUUUAUAGCCUACCUGAAGACUUUGAUAAUGAAAAAUGCAUCCACCUUUUGUCUGCUGACCUGAUGAAGAAGAAAUUUUCAGUGUUGCGUGAAGGAGACGCUAUCACUUUGGUUUGUUCCAAGACUAGAGUAAAAGUUUCCAGAGACUGUAAAAUCUACAUCGACGGAUCUGACAUGGCAACGGAACUUCCAUACGAAUGUCCAAUGAAAAUGGUUACAGCUAAGAUGUGGGGACCCUAUUUGAUUGUGAAUUCAAUAUUUGGUGUUGAAAUCACUUGUGAUCCUGAAAACUUAAAGGUCAUUCUGGAUGGGCAGCAUCUCAACAACACCAUAGGACUUCUCGGCACGUCUGAUGGCGAUUUGGGAACAGAUAUGAGACUCUCAGAUGGUACAUUUGCUGCAAACAAAGCAGAGUUUAUCAAUCAUUUCGAGUUGAGCCGUAAGAAGAUUUGCCAAGUGACAGCAGAGCAACUUAGACCUAAAAGUCAAACGAGUAAAUGUUCAGACGAGAUCAGAAAACGAUGUAUGGAGACAUUUGCUUCAUAUAAAUCACCGUUCCUUAAGUGUUUCCUGACAGUCAACCCCAAAUAUUUUCUGAUGCAGUGCUUAGAAGAUGUUACAAGCUGUAAAAAAGACGCCAUGAACACAGAAUUAUGCCGAGUGAUGCACCUCUACGCCCUCCAUUGUGUCACAAAAAUGCCAAUACAUAUGCCUAAACAGUGCGUGUUGUGUGAUGAGUCCAAAGGUGAAAAAUGGAAAGUCACCACGAAUAAACAAAAACGAGACAUUGUCAUUAUUGUGGAUCAAAACCAAGAGAUCAAUGGAUACAGGCCAUUGCAUUACUUUAUGAACCUCUUUGAAAAUGCGAAAAUUGAAAAUGCGCAAAUGGGUUUGGUGGCUUGUGGAGGAGAAGGUAUAUUUGAACAUCCAAACGUUUAUACUAUGGAAGGACGGCAUUUUGGCACAGAAAAUACUCUGACAAUGGCUUUGAAGACACUUACUGAAGGCAUGAAACCAAGCAAGAAUGGUCAUCAGGGUAUGGAUCAUGGUGACAUGCAUGAUCAACAUGGACACAAAAGUCAUGGUCAUGAUGAUAAACAUAGACAUGAAGGCCACAUACCUCGGUUGCAUAUUGACCACAGCCCUCAUCAUGUGGGACACAGAAUCACAGAUCUACAUCAAGCAUUAGAAUGGGCAUCUGAUUACCCAUUCAAACCAGAAUCAGGACGUAUGAUUAUGCUAUUUGCUGAUAUGACAAUACUGAGAAAUUUGACAGAUUUGGGUAGCAUCCUGGCUACAAUAGUUGAGAAAGACAUCAUUGUAAACAUCUUCACUAAUACUAAGGAUCUUCUUGGCAGGAAAGCCGUGGGUAUAACUGCAUCUGGCAAAGUUUUAACUUUCAAGAAGAAUAAAAAGAUUCAACCAACCCCACUGAUCGAGUAUUUCUCACUGAUAAAGAACACCAACGGAAUUCUGUGGAAUAUUGAAUCGAUUCUAAGUCGAAAGCCAACUCAAGGGAAGAUAAUAAAGAUUAUAAAUGAAGAAUUUGAAAAUCAGAUUGCCACAAAGAAAUGUCGUCAGUGCAAGUGUGUCACACCAAAACAUGAACUGAUGGGCAGAGUUCAGUGUACAAGUUCCACUUGCAACAAAUGA